GGCGUUUGAGGUGGUGGACCUGCGCUGGGGGAUUGGAAAGGUGACGUCGGGGGAGCACGACACCUGUGAGCUUUCCCUGCGAGAGAUCUCCAUCAGCAAGAAGAUGUCUGCCGGUCCCGCCUUUGUGGCUCUGCUGGGGAACCGCUACGGCCACCGACCACUUCCUGCUGGGAUCCCGCACAAACAGUUUGAGCUGCUUGUGUCCAAACUGGCUAACAAACCCGAUGCCGUUAGUCUUCUGACUAACUGGUACAUGAGGGACGACAACGCGGUCCCGCCCACCUACUUCCUGCAGCCAGUCACGACUCACUUCCUCCACUACAGCGACCUCCGGCCUGAGCGUGCAACGCAGUCUGACGAGGAGGGGGCUUCUUGGCGUGUAAUUGAGGCGAGCUUGUUGCGGCAACUGCGCUUCGCUGCUGGCGAGGCCGAGGCUGCCGGCGACAUCACGGCGAAGGAGCGAAGCGUCUUCUUCACAUCGGUCACAGAGCAAGAGUUGGAGCACGGGUUCGAGAAGGACGGCGACGGCACCUCAGCACUGCUCUUUAUUCGUGAGAUCCCUCGCUUGGCGAGGGGCGGGCCGAGACGUCUUGCCAGGUUCAUGGACGCCACGGGCGAUGGGCUGUUGGAUGCGGAAGCACAGGGCCUCCUCGCCGGCCUCAAGUCCCGCCUCUACGCCUCGUGCAAGGACAUGGUGAACGUGCACUGGGUGGAGCUCAGCAGGGGGGCCAUCGAGCCCAGACGCAAGGAGCACGCUCAGUACCUGGACGCCAUGAGCGAGCAGUUUGUGUGUCAGAUGAAGGCCAGGGUCAUGGCGGCACUACAAGUUCUGAAGGAGGGCGGGCCCAGGAAAGUUUGGGGAAGCAUGGAAGACACCAAACACGGGCGGCUGGCGGAAGAGGUCAGCCGCCAUCUUGCCUUGAGCGGCCAGAUGUGCCGCGGCCUCCAUGGUAGGGAGGGGCUUCUGGCCAAGCUGUGCCUCGCCAUGUGGGAGGCCACCAACGUCCGUCACGGGCCGCUGGUGGUGCACGGUGCCGCCGGUAUGGGCAAGACGGCGCUCUUAUGUAAGCUGGUGCAGGAGAUGCGCACCGUGCUGGAGGCGCGGGCCACGGUGGUGGUCAGGUUGCUCGGUGCUCGCCAUCUCCAGAGAGAAGACGUCGACCGUCUCCUCCUCAGCGUCUGCCUCCAGAUCUGUCUGGCCUGUGGUUUGGCCCCGCCCACCUCGCUGAGCACGCACCAGGGAACGGUCAGCUUCUUUCAGGAACUUUUGCUCUCGGUUUCCCAACAGGGCGACGUGCUGCUCGUGGUCUUGGAUGGUGUGGACCGAUUGUGCGAGCGCCAUCGCGCUCUCUGCUGGCUGCCCCAAGAGCUGCCGCCCAACGUCCACCUUGUCGUCUCCAUGGACACCAACAGCGAGGCCUUCGCCGCCGCGCGCCUCAAGCUGAAGUCUGUGGAACAUUUCUUCCAAGUGGAACGUCUGACGCGCGAAGACGGCCGACGCAUCAUGGAGUCGCAGCUCAGCGCGUGCCAGCGAACUUUGACCCCCGAGCAGGCCGGCGCCGCACUGCAGUGUUUCGACUCGACGGGGUGUCCCGUACACCUCCGACUUAUCGUGUCUGCCGCUAAACGCUGGAUGUCCUCCACCCCGCUGACGCGGCUUUGCUUGGGCGCCAACGCACAGGAAAUGAUGUCUGAGCUUUUCCUCAUGCUGGAAGAGAAACACGGCAGGGAGAUGGUGGGCGGGGCUUUGGGCUACAUCGCACUGGCCAGGGAAGGCCUGCUGGAGGCGGAGCUACGUGACAUCAUGUCGCUGGACAAUGAUAUCAUCAGCGAGGUGUACAAGUUUUCCCUCCCCCAGACGCCCGCCCUGAUUCGGUUGCCCCCCCUGCUGUGGUCCCGCCUCCAAAGGGACCUGGAGGACCACCUGGAAGAGCGAUGGACGUGUGGCGUUGCCGCCAUCGCCUUCAGGGAGCGGUGUCUGUUGGAGGCGGUCUCAGCACGCUAUCUGACCACGGAGCGCAGGGGGCGGAGCUUGACCAUCAUGGCAGAGUACUUUCAGGGCGUGUGGUGUGGGAAACUGAAGCCGGUGGCUCUCCCGGGCCUGACGCUGCUGGUCGCUGACAGAAAGGUCCCGCCCCAGCCGCUGUGGUUUGCUCCAGAUUUAGCCAACGUCAGGAAGCUUCAGGAGUUGCCGUAUCACCUGCUGCACGCCGGCCUGUGGGAGGAGCUACGUCGGGACGUCCUCGGCAGCGCUGAGUGGCUUUUCUGUAAGAGCGCCGUAAUGGGCGUGUCCAGUGUGAUCCAGGACUUGGACCAGUGCUCCCUCUACAUGGACUGCACGGAGACCCGCCUCCUGCGGGACGCUCUGGUCCUCAUGGAGCCUGGUCUGGACUUCCUGGAUGGGGCGUCGCACUUGUACACGGAGCUGCUGGCGCGACUGCGGCACUUAGCCACGCCCUUCCCUUCACUGAUUGGCCGACUGUGCAGCCAGUGUGAGGAGUUCUUGCUGACGUGUUCCCAGCCCGUCCUCAUCCCCAAGUGCAGCUUCCUGCCGCCGCCUGGGGGGGCGUUGCAGCACACGCUGACGGGCCUGAGAGGAGGUGUGGUCUGCGUGGACGUCAGCGUGGAGGCGCAGCUUCUAGUCGCCGGUUCAGACGAAGGCGUGGUGGCGGUCUGGAGCCUCGCUGACGGACAUCUUGAACGCACGCUGAGCGCUCACACGGCCGCCAUCUUGUCACUUAAGCUGAUCCAAAGCCCCGCCCACUGCCUCUCAUUGGGUGCUGAUGGCUCUUUGAAGAGGUGGAGCCUGACAAGCGGCCAACAAUUGCUGUGCGUUCAAGAGGCGUGGCCUGUUGACCACACCCCCUCACCGGUCCGCUUGCACCUGUGUGGUCAGCUGAUCUUCGCCUACAACAGGACGCAGGUGUCCAUGUUGACGUCAGACGGCGUGCCCACGCUCCUGCUCGCCGGCCAUGACGGCUCGCUGUGUCUGGGAAUUCUGGAGGAUUCCGUGAUGGUUCUGUCUGACUCGGGCCAGGUGAGAAUAUUGGGGCCUGGAGGCGGAGCUUCAGGUGUGGCCAUCCAGCUGGAAGACUGGGGGCGGACUUUGACGGCCAUCAACAGCGUCACACUCCCCAAGCGUGCAAAAGUCUUCCUGGUUUCCUCUGAAGGCUUUCUCUACCAGGUGUCGGGAAAGCACUCGCGUGUCCACUUUCCUGUGCGGCCAUCUUUGUUUUCUGUCACUGCUGAUGAGAAAAUCCUCUUAGCGGGAAGUGAUGUCACUUUGAGCCUCUUCAACAUCCACAUUGACUCCAUCCAUAGUUUUCUCCAACUCAAACAUGACGCCGGCGUCCUGUGUGCUUGCGUCUCGCCUGACACGCGACUCAUCGCCACCGGCGCCAUCGACCAGCUCAUACGAGUGUGGUCGGUGACCACCGGAGCCUUGCUGGACGUUUUUUGCGGUUCCGACGCUCCAAUCACGCGUGUCCUUUUCUACGAGCGCUUCCUUGUGUCCACGUGUGCAGCUGCCUCCUGUCUGCACGUGUGGGCUGUCAAUCACCACAAGCCUCCCGCCCACAUCCCCGCAGGCUCCGCCCACGCGGCCAUCACUAAGGACGCAGAGCAGGUUUUUUACGUGAGUGGCCAUGAACCCUCGCAGGUGGUGAGCUGGAACAACAACACAGCUCUGCUGCAGGACCGCGCACUCGCACUGUCCUCUGGCGGGGAGCGGAGGUCCCGGUCCCGGUCAGUCAGUCAUCAGGCAGCCCAGCAGCAGCCCAGCAGCAGCCCAGCAGCAUUAUUGAGGAGGCGGCGCUCCUCCUAUAAAUCCUCCGCGCAGUCAGCGGGCGCUCAGAGGCGAGACGGCCGAGCGGAAGCGCAGCGAUCCCGGCUGCCUUUUUUUUUUUCACCCGGGGCUCCGCAGCGCCGCACGCCGACCACAGCGCACCGCCGGGCGGAUAGGCGAGUUGUGACAUGCCGGUGCGGGACGUCGCGGAGCUUCGCCCGGUGGCGCUACAGCGGACUCGCCGUCCUCCUCCGCGGCACUUUGCACUUCUCUAACGGGACUUUUUCUUCUUUAUGUCCCGGAGCUGACAUGUUCCACGGCGGCUAG